AUGGGUUUAAUUCAAGUUGUCCGCGAUGAACUUCCCUCUUACUGGAACCUCACCAUCCUCUCAACAUUGGCCAUCGCCAUUGCUGGAAUCUAUGUCAGCAGUUUGGCCGUCUACCGACUGUAUUUCAGCCCUAUUGCAAACAUCCCCGGCCCCAAGCUAGCGGCAGUGACCCAAUGGUUUGAGACUUACUAUGAGCUGGUUUCCGGAGGCGGGGGGAACUUCACCCGUGAGAUCAAGAAGAUGCACGAGAAAUAUGGCCCGAUUGUCCGUAUCAACCCCACCGAGGUUCACAUUGAUGAUGUCGAGUACUACGAGACACUCUAUGCUCCAUCCAUGCCUUAUAGCAAACUGCAAAUGUUUGAAAAUCGCUUCAAUAUGCCUCGGGCUACCUUUGCAACAGCAAGUCACGAUCUCCACAAGCCAAGGAGAGCAGCUCUAGCCCCUUUCUUCUCGACCCGGAGGAUCCAAGGCCAUGGCCGCCUAAUGCAAGAACUGGUUGACCGGAUCUGUGGACGACUUACAGAAGAGUACCAAGGUAAGGGAAAAGCUCUGAUUCUCAAUGAUGUUUACGGUUGCUUGUCCGGAGAUGUCAUUACCAACCUUGCAUUUGCCCGCUCGUAUGAUCUUCUCUCCACUGAACAUUGGGAGUCACCGUUCACGAUCGCUGUCAACAAUCUCAUCCGAGACUCUCAUACGAUGACCCACUUCAGUUGGAUUAUACCUUUCAUGAAUCUCUUUCCCGAUAAGUUGAUUAUGGCGAUAUCCGAUAACGCUAGACCAAUCGUCCAAUUUCGACAGGAAAUGGAGCAGCAAAUCCGAGAUAUCCUUGCUGGAAAGAAUGAGGACGCCAAAUUAGCAUCAUACGACACCGUCUUUGCCGAACUAUUGAAUUCAAAACUCCCACCUCACGAACUCACCCAGGACCGCCUGCAAAAUGAAGCCGUGAGUGUCAUUGGAGCCGGCUUCGAGACGACUCGUUGGGCACUGACUGUCGCAUCCUACCAUAUCCUUGCCAACCCAGCCAUUACCGAACGCCUGCGCCAAGAACUUAUCGAGGCAAUUCCAGACCCGGACAACAUCCUGUCUUGGGCAGACCUCCAAGCCUUGCCAUAUUUGACCGCUUGUAUUGAAGAAGCUCUCCGGCUAAGCUAUGGCAUCGUCCAGCGUUCCCCACGGGUAUCCCCCGAGAUUGGGUUCCAAUACAAAGAUAUCCACAUCCCACCCGGCUUCCCCGUCUCUAUGGAUAACUGGCACAUGCACCACAACGAGACCGUCUUUCCAGACAGCUACACCUACAAACCAGAACGCUGGCUGGGGAACCCCAAGGGUCCUGACGGCGUCAAGAAUCUCUCGCGGUACAUGGUGGCUUUCGGUCGUGGCAAUCGUAUGUGUCUCGGGAUGCCAAUGGCGUACUGUGAGAUUUAUAUCGCGCUUGCGAGUUUGUUCCGCAGAUUUGAGUUUCAGCUUUUUGAGACUGGAAGGGACAAUGUAGAUUUUGCACAAGACUAUGUUACUCCGCAGCCUAAGAAGGGAAGUUUGGGGGUAAGGGUUUUGGUUAAGUAG